CAUUCAUUCCCUGUGGCACUGGAGGGGGCCCACUCUGCUCUGUCAGCCUCGGAGCUCCUCCACCCUGGCUGCCGAAAGCCCCUUCCCGCCAUCUAAUGAUACACUCUGCAUACGCUUCUGUUGAGAAUUUGUGGCUAGACAUUCCUGUGGGACCGGGAAUCCAAAUUCUUGGGUACAAACAGAAACUUACUUUCCUUGGGGAUUUUUUUUUCUCCCUCACUCACACACACUCUCGUGUUCUUUCCUUUUUUCUUUUUCGUAGCAGCAGGGGGGAAAAAGAGACAAAAACAAAACAAAAAACAACAAAAAGCAACACCCCCCCUUUUAUUUUCAAAAGGAGCUAGGGGGAAAAAAAAUAAAACAACAGCCAACCAAGUGAAUCCCAACCCAACCCCCUGAAGGGCUAAAAAUUCUCGCCUUCUUCAGAGCGGGGCAUGGCAUCGAACAGCAUCUUCGACUCCUUCCCGACCUACUCGCCAACCUUCAUCCGCGACCCAAGCACCAGCCGCCGCUUCACACCUCCCUCCACGGCCUUCCCCUGCGGCGGCGGCGGCAAGAUGGGCGAGAACAGCGGCGCGCUGAGCGCGCAGGCGGCCGUGGGGCCCGGAGGGCGCGCCCGGCCCGAGGUGCGCUCGAUGGUGGACGUGCUGGCGGACCACGCGGGCGAGCUCGUGCGCACCGACAGCCCCAACUUCCUCUGCUCCGUGCUGCCCUCGCACUGGCGCUGCAACAAGACGCUGCCCGUCGCCUUCAAGGUGGUGGCACUGGGGGACGUGCCGGAUGGUACGGUGGUGACCGUGAUGGCAGGCAAUGACGAGAACUACUCCGCUGAGCUGCGCAACGCCUCGGCCGUCAUGAAGAACCAGGUGGCCAGGUUCAACGACCUUCGCUUCGUGGGCCGCAGUGGGCGAGGGAAGAGUUUCACUCUGACCAUCACUGUGUUCACCAGCCCCACCCAAGUGGCCACCUACCACCGAGCCAUCAAGGUGACUGUGGACGGACCCCGGGAGCCCAGACGCACCUCGGAACUGAACCCAUUCUCCGACCCCCGCCAGUUUGACCGCUCCUUCCCCACGCUGCCAGCCCUCACGGAGAGCCGCUUCCCAGACCCCAGGAUGCAUUACCCCGGGGCCAUGUCAGCUGCCUUCCCCUACAGCGCCACGCCCUCGGGCACGAGCAUCAGCAGCCUCAGCGUGGCGGGCAUGCCGGCCACCAGCCGCUUCCACCAUACCUACCUCCCGCCACCCUACCCGGGGGCCCCGCAGAACCAAAGCGGGCCCUUCCAGGCCAACCCGUCCCCUUACCACCUCUACUACGGGACAUCCUCUGGCUCCUACCAGUUCUCCAUGGUGGCUGGCAGCAGCAGUGGGGGCGACCGCUCGCCCACCCGCAUGCUGGCCUCUUGCACCAGCAGCGCUGCCUCUGUCGCCGCCGGCAACCUCAUGAACCCCAGCUUGGGCGGCCAGAGUGAUGGCGUGGAGGCCGACGGCAGCCACAGCAACUCACCCACAGCCCUGAGCACGCCAGGCCGCAUGGAUGAGGCCGUGUGGCGGCCCUACUGACCACCCUGGUGGACUCCUCCCGCUGGAGGCGGGGACCCUAACAACCUUCAAGACCAGUGAUGGGCUGGCUCCGAGGCUCCGGGCAGGAAUGGAACCUGCGCUCCAGGGUGGUCUCGGUCCCAGGGUGGUCCCGGCUGGUAGGUGGCUCUGGCUGCAUCCGUGCAGCCACAUCCUCGUACAGAGGCAUAAGGAACCACCCCCACCCCGGCCCGGGACACUGCCCCCGGCCCAGAUCCUGGCCAUCUCAUCCCAUACUUCUGUGGGGAAUCAGCCUCCUGCCACCUCCCCAGAAGGACCUCACUGUCUCCAGCUAUGCCCAGUGCUGCAUGGGGCCCAUGUCUCCUGGGACAGAGGCCAUCUCUCUUCCAGAGAUAAGCCUCAGGCCCUGGGAAGCCUCCCGACCCCUGCACCUUCGUUGGAGCCCCUGCACCCCCUGGGUCCAGCCCCCUCUGCAUUUACACAGAUUUGAGUCAGAACUGGAAAGUGUCCCCCGCCCCCGCCACCCUUGAGCGGGGUUCCCCUCAUUGUACAGAUGGGGCAGGACCCAGCACGCUGCUGGCAGAGAUGGUUUGAGAAUACAUCCAAGCCAGUCCCCCCAGCCCAGCUUCCCCUCCGUUCCUAACUGUUGGCUUUCCCCUAGCCGUAUGGGUCCCAGGCCCCAGAGAAGAUGAGUCUAUGGCAUCAGGUCCUUAAACCCAGGAAAGCACCUACAGGCCAGCUCCUCCAUGCACUUUACCAGCUCAACGCAUCCACUCUCUGUUCUCUUGGCAGGGCGGCGGGGGGGGUGGGGGUAGGAGGUCCCCUUUCCCCUAGGUGGUCUCAUGAUUUCCAUUUGUGGAGAGAACAGGAGGGCCAGAUAGGUCCUAGCAGAAGGCAUUGAGGUGAGGGAUCAUUUUGGGUCAGACAUCAAUGUCCCUGUCCCCCUUGGGUCCAGCCAAGCUGUGCCCCAUCCCCCAAGCCUGGGAGGAUCCAGCCAAAUCUUGCAACACCUGGCACACACCUGUCUGUAACCUGUUUUGUGCUCUGAAAGCAAAUAGUCCUGAGCAAAAAAAAAAAACAGUUUUUAAAACUGAUUUUAGAAAAAGAAGCUUAAUCUAACAUUUUCAAACACAAGGUCUCUUACAGGUAUAGCUCUGUGAUUAUGAUAGCUCCGUGAUUAUAAGCAACAUCCCCACCCCCUCUCCCCCCCGCAGACCCCCAGCUGCCUCCUGAGGGUGUGGGGUUAUUAGGGUCUCAAUACUUUCUGAAGGGGCUACACUCCCCAUCAGGCAGCAUCCCACCAGCCUGCACCACAGGCUCCCCUGGGAGGACGAGGGAAACGCUGAUGAGACGCUGGGCUGUCUCUCCUCUGUGGCCCUAGGACAUCUGUCCAGGAGGCUGUGCGGAGGUGGGCAGGAUGUGAGAAGUGGGGAGCACUGGCUGUGCGUGGCAGGACAGAAGCACUGUAAAGGGCUCUCCAGCCACAGCUCGGCUGCACUGUGUUCCGAGGUGAAGUCUUGCCCCUGAAUUUUGCAAAAUGGGAAAGUGGGCACUUGCCCAAGGGCCAGGCUGCAUGGAUUCUCACAUCAGAGUUCUCUGGCCCUAGAAAGGCUUAGAAAAGGCGUAAGGGAACUCAUAAAGGCUAGCAGCAUGCGGUAUUUUAACUUUCUGCCUCGGCCUCUGUGGAUGCAGAAAUCUGCCCUACAAAAUGCUCUUCAGUGGUUGUCUCUGUGAGAGCACUGUCCCCACCCAACCUGUCACAAUGGCCAGAACCAUACACCAGAGACACACUGGCAGGUUAGGCAGUCCUUCUGGUGAUCCUAUUCCAUUCCCACCUGCUGCGGUUUCUCUUGGCCUGUCCUCACUGGAAAAACAGUCUCCAUCUCUUCAAAAUAGCUGCUGACUCCCUGCACCCAAGGGGCCUCUCCUUGCCUUCUCAGGAAGCAGCUAAUGAAUCCAUUGUCCUGGUAGUUUCUUCCCUCCUGUUCUCUGGUUGUAGCUGGUCCCAGGUCAGCGUGGGAGGCACCUUUGGGUUCCCAGUGCCCAGCACUUUGUAGUCUCAUCCCAGAUUACUACCCCUGCCUGAUCCUGGAGGGGCAGGGAUAGGAAAUAAAUUGCUCUUCCUACCCCAUCCCCCAUCCCCUGACAAAAAGUGAUGGCAGCCAUACUGAGUCUGUGAGGCCCAAAGUGGGUACAGACAGCCUGGGCUGGUAAAAGUAGGUCCUUAUUUACAAGGCUGCUUUAAAGUUGUACUAGGCAAACACACUGAUGUAGGAAGCACGAGGAAAGGAAGAUGUUUUGAUACAGUGUUACUGUGAGCCUGUCAGUAGUGGGUACCAAUCUUUUGUGACAUAUUGUCAUGCUGAGGUGUGACACCUGCUGCACUCAUAUCCGACGUAAAACCAUCCCAGAGCUGGCAAGAGGAUGGAGCAGGGUGGAAACUGCUUUGCACUAUCAUUUGCUUGGUGUUUGUUUUUAAUGCACAACUUGCUUGUACAGUAAACUGUCUUCUGUACUAUUUAACUGUAAAA